CAAGAUGUACGGUCUCCUACUAGAGAAUAUGGCGGAGUACAUCCGACAGACGUACGGUGAGGAGCGUUGGGAAGACAUCCGGAGGCAAGCGGGCGUUGAACAGCCUUCGUUCUCCGUGCACCAGGUGUACCCCGAGAACCUCAUCACACGACUGGCAAAGAAGGCACAGGAGGUACUGGGCAUCUCGGAACGUGAAUUCAUGGAUCAAAUGGGAGUAUACUUUGUUGGUUUCGUCUCCCAGUAUGGCUACGAUAGGGUGCUAUCGGUUCUUGGACGACAUAUGAGAGACUUUCUCAACGGGCUUGAUAAUCUACAUGAGUAUUUAAAAUUCAGUUACCCAAGAAUGCGUGCACCAAGUUUCAUUUGUGAAAAUGAAACUAGACACGGUCUUACUUUGCAUUAUAGAUCUAAGCGAAGAGGAUUUGUCUUCUACGCGAUGGGCCAAAUAAGAGAGGUCGCUCGACAUUUCUACCACAAAGAAAUGCGAAUAGAGUUAGUUCGUGAAGAGUUGCUAUUCGACACAGUACAUGUCACCUUUCAGCUGACUUUUGACAACAGAGCGUUUACAUUAGCUUCUCUUGCUAUGACACGAGAAGAGAAACAUCUCCCAAUCAGCGCCUCCGUACUCUUCGAGAUAUUUCCAUUUUGCAUCGUCUUUGGAUCAGAUAUGGUGGUACGAAGUAUCGGUAAUUCUCUGAUGGUCAUCCUGCCCGAUCUAGUUGGGAAGAAAAUCACCAAUUGGUUUGACCUUGUGCGUCCUUUGAUAGCGUUCAAGUUUGAAACAAUAUUGAAUCGUACAAAUAAUAUCUUCGAAUUGGUGACAGUGGAAGCUGUAAUGCAUGAGAAAGCACCAGACAAAAGGAAUGAAUUGUUGCGACUUUCUGACGAAUCUGACGGUACUACGGAAAAGAAUCUAAGGCUUAAAGGCCCUACUCCAAAAAAACGAUAUGCUUACGACGGAAGACGCUUACCUGAUGUUAUUAACUUACAACUCAAAGGUCAGAUGAUCUACAUGGAUAAUUGGCGCAUGAUGAUGUAUCUAGGCACGCCCGUGAUGCCUGACCUUGCAGCUCUAGUCUCCACCGGACUUUAUAUCAACGACUUAUCGAUGCACGACUUUAGCAGAGACCUUAUGUUGGCUGGUACUCAACAAUCUGUUGAACUUAAAUUAGCACUAGACCAAGAGCAACAGAAGAGUAAGAAGUUAGAAGAGUCUAUGAGAAAGCUGGACGAAGAGAUGAAGAGGACAGACGAACUGUUGUACCAAAUGAUACCAAAACAAGUUGCUGAUAGACUUAGGAAUGGAGAAAAUCCCAUCGAUACUUGUGAGAUGUUUGACAGCGUGUCCAUCCUCUUCUCUGACGUGGUCACCUUCACGGAGAUCUGUUCCCGCAUCACGCCGAUGGAGGUGGUCUCCAUGCUCAACGCAAUGUACUCCAUCUUUGAUACCCUUACGGAAAGAAAUCGAGUUUAUAAGGUAGAAACAAUAGGGGAUGCCUACAUGGUGGUGUCCGGGGCUCCGGAGAAAGAGGACAACCACGCUGAGAAAGUUUGCGACAUGGCACUCGAUAUGGUCGACGCUAUCACUGACCUGAAGGAUCCCAGCACAGGUUCCCACCUCUCUAUACGUGUUGGGGUACACUCAGGCGCGGUGGUGGCUGGUAUAGUGGGUCUGAAGAUGCCGCGCUACUGUCUCUUCGGGGAUUCUGUGAACACAGCAUCCCGCAUGGAGUCAACAUCCGAAGCUAUGAGGAUACACAUCUCUCAGACCACGCAGGAGUUACUCUCGCCCUCGUACAAAGUUGUUGAAAGGGGUGAGAUACAGGUUAAAGGGAAAGGAGCAAUGAAGACAUAUUGGCUUGACGGUAGAGAGUCUCGUCCGUCUCUUACAAAAAUGAUAUCCCAAUUACAACCCGUCACAGAACUGGAGUGGGAGCGAGCCGCUGACGUCAGAGAUAGCAUCGCCGAGUACUCCGCACAACAACUAAACAAUAAAGAAUACAAUGCAAUCAAUUCUGCACCCAAUUCUCUUACAGCUAACGUCGGAAAUACCUUGAACCUAAAUAAAGAUUACCAUCUACCAAAUGCAAUCAAUUCUCCGCCUAAUUCUCUAGUCAAUAGUGCCGGGAAUCCUUUGCAGCCAGCAACACCGAGGAACCAGGCUCCGACUGUGACGUCACCUGUGGAAGAGAGACGGAUGUAUUCUCCUGUCACGUUCCAGGACGUAGCGAGGCGCAGUAUAGCCAACUCACCGAAUAGAGUCGAAAGAGAACGAGGGGAGUUCUUGGAACAAUACCAAAAUAGACAAAUUAAUCAGAUUGUCAAAGAGUCAAGAUCAACAUCAGCCAGUGUGGGAGGUAUUUGGACGGACGCGGAGUCACUGGACCCUCCUGCUACACUGGACAGCUUGAAUUCUUCCUUCUGUUACAGUACGACGUCAGCUUGUAGAGCGGCCGUGCCCACACCUAAAGACAGGGAACAAGACAACUGUCUCUUCGAACCCAGGUGUGCAGGCAAUGCAACACAGGAGGAAGCAGCCGCGGACUCCUGUCCCGCGCUACGAACUGACUCCGCGCAGACUCCCCACAGGGAAGAUGAAAUCGAAACCGACACUGAAUAUUUAGACGCGAACACUGAAUCAGGACAUGUUUGCACGAUAUCAGAAAACGUGGAAACCAAUCUGCCGAAGCAAGGGAAAGUGGGUCGUUUCAAAGCACGGAUAGCGCCCGGACAUCACAAACUUUGUACUUCUAAAGUGAAACAGGAGUCAAUAAAAGACAAGAACCCACCAGCGCCAUCCAGCGUCCUGCCUCAUGGACAUCACCACACCAAGAACGUGAACCAUCACCAGUGCUGCGGCGCCUUCGGGAACCCACACAUCUCAGAUAAGUUCACGACAUGCCAAAAAGAAAUUCCAAAGAAUACUGUAAUGGAGAAGAUUAAGUCACAAUUUAAAAUGAGCUUUACACGUUGACAAUAGAAGCUAUAAUUGAAUUAAAAAAAUAUAUUUUACGAUUACAAAAUAGCUAAAAUAAAAAAAAAUUGUAACGCUGUUUGACAGUGUAACUUUUUAAAAAUGUUUAGUAAGACAAAAAUGUCAUUUCUCGUCACUUUCUGUGUCAAACUUAGACACGUUUAAUAAUUACUUUAGCAGUCCCUUAGUGAGUAUUUGUCUUACUUAACUUAUACUAAGGAUACCUUUAAGUAACUGUUAAAUUUCUCUGUAACACAUUUAUUAAAUUUUUUGAUAGAACUAAUUACACAACGCCACUCAUUGGGCUAGGGGGUCUAUCUAGAAUAUGUUCAUUUUCGUAAACUUAUAGACAUAAUAUGUCUUAAUUUUCAUAAGAAUUGUUGGUUUACUUUAAGAAUGUAAUAAAAUUUUGUAGAU